GCUACGCUAAGCGUCACAGCUACUUAUUACAGUGUACCUUUUCACUUGGCAUUUGCUUCAUAAUAUUCAUACGUUUCGCGCUCGCGGUGAGGCGAGCACGCGUCGCGUUCUUUAUCGUAAGCGAAACGAAAUUUAUUACAGCGAGUGUACUUUGAAAAUACAUUGAAAAAUUUCACAGUUAUAAUUUUCAAGAUCUGAUUUAUUUCAUUUUGAAUAUUUUAAGUUCUUCAAACAAUGGACCACAUGGAGCACUCUAUGGACCACUCCAUGCACGCGAUGUCCCCAGCCAUGGAGAUGACACAUGGCGACCAUGACAACCACGAUAACGGGUGCGACCCCAGCCAUCACCACGCCAUGGUGUUCCACGCGUGCGUGUGCCAGGAGAUCCUGUUCAAAGGAUGGAUGACUACGAACGCUUUAGAGAUGUUCGGCUCGUGCGUGGCCAUCUUCUUGGCCGGUGUGCUGUACGAAGGGCUGAAGUACUACCGGGAGGCUUUACAUUCCCGCGCCACCACUGCGACAGCGGACUCCAGGGUUAAUAUCACUAAGAACGAGUGCGGAGCCGGCGGCAACUGCGGUGGACCUACUGUUGUCAAAUAUUCGAUGCUGUCAUCUAGCCACAUCGUGCAGACGGGACUACACGUGGUGCAGGCGACGUCCUCCUACAUCCUCAUGCUGAUAUUCAUGACGUACAACCUGUGGCCCUGCUUGGCCCUGGUCCUCGGCCUCGGAGUCGGCUACUUCUUCUUCGGCUGGAGGAAGAGCACAGUGGUGGACGCCAACGAGCAUUGCCAAUGAUUAACACUGUUGUCAAAGAAAUAUAUGACAAAGUUCCGGAUGAGAGGUUUUUCUGUAACUUAAACAUUAACCAAUCGUUUAAUAAUUAUAUAUUUUGGCAACGAAACUAUAGUUCAAUUGAUAGAAACGCUGGCCUAGUAAGUUUAAACUUUAGUCGAUUCAAAGUUUUUUUUUAAUCAUUUAUAAAAAUAUGGAUUUAGAAUGGUUUUGUAUAUUUUUUUUUAAUAAUUAUUCGUAGACACUAAUAUGACACUAUGAGUAAUAUAAAAUUGUCAAAUUAUUAAAACUUAUGCCUUAAUCCCUUACAGGAUUGACUGACAAAUCGUAUUUAGGAAAAUAUAUUUGACCAUUGUUGUUUUGCAAUAUUGUUUUUAAGAGUGGAGUUAUAAAAUAUUAGAAUAAAAAUUAAUUUCACUGUAUUUUAUGUUAAAAUGGAUGUUUUAUAUAAUAACAAUUUGGUUAUUAGAAUCUUUCAUCUGGAAGACAUUCCGAGGCAAAAUGAAUAGGAACUGAUUUGCAAUGAAACUGAUAUAUGACUCUGAUUUAGUUGUUAAUAAUUAUUACGAUGUAGUUUUUAUGAUUAAGACCCAUCUGGUUAGGUUGGUAACGAUUAGAUCAUUUGUAUUUGCAUUUAUAUUAUGUUAUUAUUAGUUAAAUUAUAAUUAAUAACACCUAUUAUUAUUAUAAAAAUUAAAAAACAUUAUUUUAUGGAAAACUUGCAUCUAAAUCAAACGUAAACUAUUACUAUUUAUAAUCUGUGGAAUCAAAAUAUAAUAAAUGACUGAAUUUACUUAUCACUCAUCAACUAAACACAAAACUAAAAAUGAAUUUACACCUACAAGUAAAAACACAAUAUAAUAACUCAAAAGACCUUAUUACUUUGUAGUGUAAAAUUUUCAAAUUCAAUUAACUGGUUGCAUAAAUUUCAUACAAACGUUUUUUUUGUUCGUAGUGACUCGGACCUAGACUAAAUGUUUUUUUUUUCACAACACAGUACAAAGCAUAGAUGCUGAUAGCAGGUAUAUUCGGAUUAUUAAUAUUUUUUUUUUUAUUUAAUAACUGUACCUGUGUCGUCAAGACCGUACACGGUCUGAUCGUUACCAACAAACACAUUGUUAUCAUUUCAUAUCAAUUUUUAAUGUUUGUUUAUAUGUAAGUACCUAUUAUAGAUUUAGAUAAGAUAUAUAUAAAUUAUAAAUGUAUGUAGAUGACCUAAUUUCCGUUAUUUAAGUUGAUCUUGCCAUUACAUGUUAGAAAAGUAAAAAGUUAAAAAAAAAGCAAGGAUGGAAUAGAAUGAGUCUCUUAAUAAUUUUUCUUGAUAUGGUUCACAAAAUUAUACGACCCUCACCUUCCUCUUUAAUAACUUGAGUUUUUUUUUUUUUUGACAACGAGAGAUCGGAAUAAAGCUUGUUGUGUCUCAUAAAAAUCUACGCUUUCUCCAUUCCUUGCAGUUCCAACCCCAGGUUAAGACGGCUUCUCUACUACCAUAAUUGAAAGCAGUCUGCCACAGAGACUACUUAGAACGGCAAAAUUUGUUUACUACAUGUUCUCCUGGGGUGCCAAAUUUGACAUAUCGGACGUGUUUACGAGUAUACUGAAUUUUCGUUAUUGUGUUAUUAUGACUUAAAAUUAAUGCAAUACACAAGAAAGUGCAAAACAAAAAAAUACAUUUAUGGUGAUCAACCAAACGAGCGUAUCACUUAACGACUUGAGAAAUGUGAUAAUUAUUGUAUCAAUUUAUGUGAUAAGUAUUAGAUAUUAUUGUAAAUAAGUUUAAAAUAUUAUAAAUACAUUCCUGUUUUGAGUAUA